CUUAGAAUUUAGGCCCCAAGAUUAGAAAUGGCCCAUUCUUCCCCGUCCCCGCAUCCUGCUGGAACUUCAUCGGCCGCCUAAAAAGUCCAUUUUUAUUUCCGCAGCAGGACCCAGCAGCGGAGGCCGAAAGCUGGGUCCUCGCGGCGCCGGUCCGAGGUCCGAGGCCCUAAGCCCGAGGCCGGCCUCCCAGCGCGCAACCCGGACCCGCGUGGCCGUCCCGCCGGGCCCCAGCGCGGGGCGCCCCGCCUUUCCCGGCCGACGGCGGCCAUGGCGGCCAGACAGAUCCCGGCGUGGGCACGCGCCGCGCUCAGGACGCAACCGCAAGCAGCUCUGCCUCCGAAACUUCUCUGGGUCGGGGGAGGGUUCCGACGGCACCUCUGCUUAACCCUCUGCUCCGCUUCUAAAGAAGACCGCGGACGCUCCGGGCGCUGCUCGCCAGGCGGACUAGAGGGAGCGGCGAGCAGUCGGGAGAGUGAAGAGUUAACGGCGGCCGAGAGGCGGAUCGCAGACCUGCACGCCGCCGCGUGCGCGGCUGGCCAGCUAAACUACACGGAUCCAGCCACUGGCUAUCUGGUGCUUACACGGCUUGCCCACUUGCAGAGAGGCAAAUGCUGCGGGUCUGCCUGCAGACACUGUCCAUAUGGUCAAGUCAAUGUUAAGGAUCCAUCGAAAAGGAAGAAAUUCAAUUCACAUUUUUAUGUUUGACAACAAUUUCUUCUCUGUUCUCCAUCUUAUUGAGCCUGUAUUUAGAAAACAAAAAACAAACAAACAAACAAACAAAAAACAACUCUAAUCCGGAAUUGCUAUCUGUGCUGUUAGUCUUUGAGCACUAGUUUAAUCAUAAAUACAUAUAUUAAAAGAACAUCAAUAAAAUGAAAAAGCUAGCAAAUGUUUGUGUGUUUCUGAAGUGGCACACUGAUAGUUAUUUUCCUUUCUUUUUGCUUCAUUAUCAGACACAUAUGUUGAAGAAAGAAAAUAAUGACUGUUCCAUUAAAUAAAUAGUAGCAAUCGGGUCACCUUAGUAGCUCUCGAUUUUUCUUAUAGCCUCCGUUCUCCUACUGUUUUCUCCUCAGUGUUAGCAACCCAAGGGAGGUUGCUGGCAAAUAGAAGGGUUUGAAUACCGUCUUCAUUUUAUUUAUAUCUCGAGCUAUAAGAAGAUUGAUAUAAUGCUAUAUUGUGCAGCAUAUGAGUGCCCAAGAAGUGCCAUUCUGCAUCAGGA